CACUAGCUAGUCAUUUUCCCUAAUAUACUCGAGUAUGGGGGCACAUGCUAUUGUGAAGGUGGUGUUUGGAGCCGCCACCAAGUGGUCCAAACUGCUUUCACUCCUGCUGCCGCCGCCACUGCGCCCACCGACACUACCAAUCUUGCCGCCUGAGCUCAUAGAGCUAAUCCUAUUGAGGCUUCCAGCCAGGUCCCUUCUGAAAUUCAAGAGUGUUUGCAAGUCAUGGAAAACCCUAAUCUCCAGCUCCGACUUCAUCAAGAACCAAGUUCAACUUUCAAUAAUGGCGGAACCAGCCAUUUCCGAACUACACUUGGUCUAUUCCAACAUUUUCCGAUUCAACAACAACGAAAUUGGAUUUAUCCCCAUUCAAUCUCUGUUGGAGAACCUUUCUUUCGGUAUCGAAGUGGUUUACUUCGCCGUGGAAGGUUAUAACGUGAACAUUACGGGCUCCUGCAAUGGGUUCCUAUGCUUAACCAAUCUUCCAAGCUUUGAUUUCAAAGUGAGGUUGUUGAAUCCUUGCACUGGAUUGGCGUCAGAAUGGUUGACACUUCAUUCUGAAUAUGACCAACAACAGAGACCUCUUAUCUCCACUUUUGGGUUUGGCUAUGAUCAUGUCAAUGACAAGUUCAAGAUUCUCACGGUUGUUAAAAAUUCCACCAAAAUAUACACCUUUGGCGCGCAUUCCUGGAUAACCGUUCAGGAUAUUCCUCUCUAUACUCUGGACUGGGAUGGAACAUUUGUGACCGGCACCGGAACACUUAAUUGGCUAGCUACUAAAAUUGCAUCCUCUAUUACCUAUCCUGUCAAUCAAACUGCGAUAGUAGUUCUUUCUUUCAACUUUGGAAAUGAGAGCUAUGGUCAAAUAGCAUUGCCUAACGUUGAAGGCGGCAUGAUCCAUCGCGAGCCUGUGUUAGUAACGCUAAGGAAUUCUCUGUGUGUUUGUCAUGGAUACCAGUGUUCGGGGUGGGAUUUGUGGAUGAUGAAGGAAUAUGGAAAUGAAGAUUCUUGGACUAGAAUGUUGGUGAUCCCACAUGAGGAGCUUAUUCCUCAUGCUAUUGCCAUAAGACCAUUGCACAUAAUGGAAAAUGAUCUGCUUCUUGUUUUGGUAAGACGUCCUGCUUAUGGUAAAUGUUCACAAUUAGUUGUGUAUAAUCCUACAAAUAAGGGUGAUAAGUUAGGAUAUCCUGUGAUCAACUACUACUCAUAUGAUGACAUGCCAGACUAUGAUGAUCCUCUCAGAUGCUUCCGUCUUCAUCGUGAAAGUUUGGUUUCACCAUCACACUAUGGUCUUAAAACUGACCAUAUGUGGCUCUAGGUUGAUGAUGAUGACAAUUGAUCAACCAUUGCUUCCACUUUACAGUCUUCAAUAGGUGUUGCUUUUUAUCUUGAUUCUUAGAAUAAUAUAGACUAUGUUGUGGUUGACUGUUACUACUCAUAUGAAGAUUUUUUUAUGUGAAGAUUAUAA